CCUAGAGGACAAUCAGCUCAGAAGCAGGAAGGGCGGCAGAGCUGACACGUUGGGACAGCAGUGCUCCAAGCAUUUCUGAAGCAGAGGCUCUUCUCACAGAGGGAGUGACAGAGCGGGCAGCAGGUACCAUGGAGCCCACUUCGGCCCCUCCCCGAGGAGGACGGGUUCCCUGGCAGGACCUCCUGCUGGCAGUCUCGCUCUUAACCCUCUGGAACCCACCCACCACUGCCCAAGUCACUGUGGAGUCCGUGCCGCGCAGUGUUAGCGAAGGGAAAGACGUCCUUCUGCGAGUCCACAAUCUGCCUAGGGAUACUGGACGCUUCAACUGGUUCAAAGGGGCGACAACAGAGAACCGUCGUAUUGUAUCAUAUACAGUAGAUGCACAAAAAACUACUCCAGGACCUGCAUACAGCGGCAGAGAGACAGUGUACCCUAAUGGAUCCCUGCUGUUCCAGAACAUCACCCUGAAUGACACAGGAGUCUAUACCCUACAAUUCUUAAAUAGAACUUAUGACACGGCACAAGUAACUGGACAGCUCCAUGUAUUCCCGGAGUUACCCAAACCCCACAUCACAAGCAACAACUCCAACCCCGUGGAGAAUGUGGAUUCUGUGCUAUUAACCUGUGAACCUCAGACUCAGAACACAAGCUACCUGUGGUCAGUAAGCAGUAAAAGCCGCCCGACCAGCACCAGGCUGGAGCUGUUCCUGGACAACAGGACUCUCACUAUACAUGAUGUCAUAAGGGAUGACACAGGACCCUAUGUGUGUGCAACUCGGAGCCCAGUGAGUGACGGUCGUAGUGACCCAUUCACCCUGAAUGUUCUCUAUGGCCCGGACGCCCCCACCAUUUCCCCCUCAGACUCAUAUUACCAUCCAGGGGCCAACCUCAAUCUCUCCUGCCACGCAGCCUCUAACCCGCCUGCACAGUAUUCUUGGCUUAUCAAUGGGAGGCCCCAGCCAUACACACAGGAGCUCUUUAUCCCCAACAUCACUGUGAAUGAUAGUGGAUCCUAUACCUGCCUCGCCUCUAACUCUGCCACUCGCCUCAAUAAGACCACAGUCAAGACUAUCACAGUCUCUGAGCCCUUGGCCCAGCCCACUCUCCAUGCCAGCAAUACCACACUCACAGAAGACGACUCUGUGGUCCUGACCUGCUCCACAAAUAACACUGGGGUCUCUAUUGGGUGGCUCUUCAAUGGCCAGAGUCUAAAGGACACGGAGAGGAUGACGCUGUCCCAGGACAACAGCACCCUUACCAUACGCCCUGUCAGGAAGGAGGAUGACGGGAAUUACCAGUGUGAGGUCUCCAACCCAGGCGAUUCCAGUAAAAGUGACCCUGUCAGGCUGGCUGUGAAAGGUGAUUUAACGCAGUCAAAUUCUGGCCUUCCACUUGGGGCUAUUGCUGGCAUCGUUGUUGGAGUCCUGGCUGGGGUUGCUGUGAUAGCAGCCCUGGUGUACUUUCUGUUUAUCAGAAAGACUGGCGGGGCAAAUGACCUGCGUGAUGUCACAGAGCACAAACCCUCAGCCUCCAACCACAGUCAGGACCACUCUGACAAUUUGUCUAAGAGUGAAGAAGUUGCAUAUUCUUCCCUGAACUUCAGUGCCCACGAACCAAAGAAACCAACUUCAGCCUCCCCGUCCCCAGCAGACACAGAAACGGUGUAUACCGAAGUACAAAAGAAGUAACGUGACCUGUCCUGCUCGCUGUGCUGACUCUUUCCAACCUUCUCAUCCCCAUCAUGAGGAGACCCCUUUACCUUCAGGGAAAAGGGGAAGAAGCCUCUUUCUCCACAUUAUUCCCUAACAAGCACCUCCAGGCCGCCUUGUCACAGUCCCUCCCUUCAGUGUCAAUACAUGAGAAGGUACAUCUGGGAUUCCUAGGAAACCCAACCUUCCUUGUCAUUGAAAUUUGGCAAAGCGGACCUGGGGAAGUUGCCACAACCUCUGCCCCUCUUCCUUUCCUUUUUUAAACUUCUUUAUUCAGCGCAUAGUCAUUCCUUCCCACCCCAGUCCUGUCCUAUUGGAGUCUAACUUGAAUUUACCAUAACCUUGAGAGUCUUCUCCUGACCCAAUGAAAUGCGUGUGCCAGGGAAGAAGAGAGAGAAGAAGUAGAAGUAAAAGUUUCUAUCUCUCCAAAGCCCCCUGUGAACCCCACCCUGCACAGGAAAACAAAUAUGCUAACCUGGGAAAUUCUACACCUUUGUCUAUUGUCAGAGUUGUCUACCAGGGCCUAAACACCUUAAUGCUUAACUAGAAAACAACCUAAGCCCUUUGAAAAGCCUGUCUUCAGAGAACUCACUAGAAACAAUUAGGAAAAUUAUUCACUGAGGUCAACAGGUGAUUCCUAAUGGAAAAUGCCAAAA